CGGGACAAGUAGUUUACGUAAUGUGACAGGCCGCGCCGCUCGAAGAAGGAAGUGGUGGCUGGUCUCCCUCUCUCUCCGCUGCAGUUACGGGAUUUGUCCGCGGAGGGCACCAACGUCGCAGUGUCCUGCGGAAGGAGCGCUUCAAUCCGGCACCUCACGACUGCAGCGCGGGCGGAUAUUCAAUUCCUACGCCGCCGGAGGGAACCGUGAUUUGUAAUGGCAAGAGCGGGCGCUGCUGUUCUGUUUUGCGCAGUCGCUUUUCUGUGCUGUCGUGAAAUUGCCUCUCAACACCUGGCCUUCGGAAGAUGCCCGACCUACAGUGGAAUGGAAAACUUCAAUGUGACAAUGUUUGGAGGCAAAUGGUAUGAAGUGGAACGCUCAUUUUACCUGUACGAGAUAGCUAGUAGCUGCACAUCCCUAUUCUUCAAUGUCAAGAAAUCAGGAAAUAUUAAGGUUGCUGUGAAGACAGGAAGUCCCAGCAUAAGUUUGGGAACAGCGAACCCAAUCAGCAAUGGAUCAGCCAUUCUCAAUUACCGUGUAAGCACAAGACUUCCAGCUGCUGUAGCUCGAAUAAUGCCAGGAGUUGGAUUGUAUACUAUCCUUGACACAGAUUAUGAAGAAUACGCUUUGUUGUGGUCUUGCUCUGACUUGGCUCUCAUGCACGCAGAUUUACUGUGGGUGCUGGGAAGAAAACAUGAAUUGCCAGUUUGGGCAAGAGCUCAAGUGUAUAAUAAACUUGCAGAACUAAAUAUUGACAGUGACAGACUUACACUUUCAAGGCAUGACAACUGUCCUCUGUUUUAAAAAUCUUUGGUAGUGUUCAACUUUCACUGAACAUUGUUGGUGGAUUGCAAGGAAAUGUACCUGAGAUGUGAUGAAGAUAUUACUGUUCAUUUUCAAAUACCAGUGAGCUUAUUGUGCUUAUGAUGAAAAAUGUUAUAGUAUUGUGUAACACCUUCAGAAAGUGUGUUGAUGUCAAUGUCAGUCUUUUUGCACAACAUAUCAAAACAAAAUCAACACUUUUACUGAGUGAGAAUUGUAAGGAAAUGAAAACAUCAAAUUCUUCUUCACAAAAGAGAUGGAAGAGCACACUUUUGAUACUCAGCAUAUGAUUACUGAACUGAAUAGUACAUGAUAGUGGUUGCUACACAUAAAUUAAAAGAUGACAGUAGGUCAAAGAUCAACAUUAUUAUUUAUUCUAUACUCCUAAAACUUCAAGGUUUUAACUAGAUGUGGUAAAAUACAUUGUACUGGUUGGAACAUAACUUCCACAUCUGUACUUGUGUAGGAAAUAGAAAAAAUGAAUUUCAGUUAAAAAACAAAACAAUGCAUGAAUUACUCCAUUUUUUUGACAGUAACAUGUUCUUUUGCAUACUAAUAAGUUAAAUGAAUUUGUUUCGUUUCUUUUUUUUCUUAAGUGACUUGGGUGAAUAAACAAGAAAAAAAAGUGGGAGGAAAAGUUAUGACAAACUUACAUUUCACAAUGAUUGCACAGAUGCAUCACUGUUCGUGCAACAUCAUCAUAUACAUAUACACAUUCAAACCACUUACAAACUAAUUUAUUUCAGUAGGAACAAUUCAAAUGCUUCACAUGCAGAUAUUUCAAAUACAACUUCUGUGAUAUAAAUUUGACCAUAUUUUAUGUGCAAUAAGUACUAAGACAUCAGGAACGUUUUCAGCAACAAAC